GGCCAUUACACCCACACCGCUCAAGCCAUCACGCACACAAAGCACACCCAUCUCGUUGGGAUUUGACGGUUGUGCCCCCGCCCCCGCCCCCGUGCGCCCGGGAGCCAUCAUGAAGCUGGAAAUCAUGCCCAAGCAGAGGGCCCUGGAGGCGGGGCAGCGGGAGGAGGCCAUGGAGAUGAGCGGCCUGGAGCUGUGGAAGCACGAGAAGCCGCCCAAGAUCUUCCCCAUGCCCCCGCCGCUGCUGGCGGCGGGGGCCUGCGGCGACGAGUCCACGCUCGUCCCGCCGCUCAACUUCGCCAUGGUCGACGACGGCAUCUACCGCUCCGGCUUCCCGGCCGCCGCCAACUUCCGCUUCCUCAAGUCCCUCAACCUCCGCUCCAUCGUGUACCUCUGCCCGGAGCCGUACCCGGAGACCAACACGGAGUUCCUCGACAAGAACGGGAUCAAGCUCCACCAGUUCGGAAUCGAGGGCCGCAAGGAACCAUUCGUCGAGAUACCCGAUGAGAAAAUCCGGGAGGCACUUAAAGUUGUCCUAGAUGUAAGAAAUCAACCUCUGCUUAUUCACUGCAAGAGAGGCAAGCACCGAACUGGAUGCGUCGUUGGUUGCAUGAGGAAGUUGCAGAAAUGGUGCCUCUCAUCGGUCUUUGACGAGUACCAGCGCUUCGCUGCUGCGAAAGUGAGGAGCACCGACCUGAGAUUCAUGGAGCUGUUCGACGUCGCGAGCUUGAAGCACCUGACCACCUCACAUUGUUAACCAAAGGGCGAGUGAUCGCUCGCCCCCGCCGUCCUCCCAGAUCCUAGUAUAUCUCCAUCCUGUCCUCCGGCGGUCACUGAACCGACUCAGCAGUGAAUAAUUUUUGGAACCCGUAGAAUGAAUCCAUGAGAUAGCGACGAGACCUCUGCAAAACAGAAGAUUGAAGAAGAACUUGAGAGCUCUAUUUUUUCCCUGCUCAGGUCCCUGCAGAUCCUAAGAACCAGAAAGUUGUGGGUAGGAUUGCAAGAGGUUUUCUUUUUCUUGCGAUGAAUUCACCAUUGUUUUCGGGUACUGAAGCUCUGUACUCGAGCAGCAUUGCUAGGCAGAGAGCUUGGCUCUUCUUUGCAUGAAUGCAUCUAAAUUAAUCAGA